AUGGCGUACAAUGCUUCUUACCUUUCCUCCCCCGAUACGCCCUCAACAGUGUUCCCCGAACGGCUGAUUCGGCCCCUACCCAAACGGUCGAUCAAAAGUCGACUGUCUCAAGACGCUGUUGAGGCCAUCACCUACCCUCCUACGCUACCGUCGACAAGUCUACCGACGUAUACUCACUACGGGGAAAAUGGAGAAUAUUCGAGUGACAAGGAAAUUCUCGUUCACCACCACAGUGAUGGGUACGAACAUGAUCAUGAUCACGACCAUGAUCACGACCAUGAUGAUGACGACCAUGACGACCAUGACUGUCCUCAUCAUCACCAUCAUUGUCACCAUGACGACUAUGAGGAUGAUUUAGAUGAUCUUGAAGGUAUGGUCCCUGUGACCCAGUACUUUGUUAAUUCACCACGGUCUCCCCAAACACCACACCAUGCAAGAUAUUCGACGAAGAGUGGUAUCUCUGGGCCUGAUGGAUAUGAAGCAUUCGAAAAUACGAACAACAAAAAGAAGAGAAAAAUCCCCACGUCUGGAAGUUUGAGUCUACACCACUCAGCCAUGACCAACGACCUCGCGCAUCUGAGUCUUAGUGGCAGCAGGGAUGGUUCAGUCGAUGAUUCUUACCAUACGACAAAGCAUUCAGGGGGCAGUCCUGGUCUUGGGGUCCAAGGUGCUGGCAGAGGUCGCGGCAGCAGGAAGCUUCCAGGCCGCAAUCCACUGGGUGUUUCGGUGAAUGGCUCCAACGUACGGAAUGGUCCGUCCAAGUACGACCUGAAUAUGAGCGCCAACGCAAAAGCCGAGGACUCGAAAGAUCAAGGAAUCAUCUCUGCCGCGAUUGCCAAUGCCACUGCACUCUUGCGCAAGCCACUGAGCAAAGGACAGGAAAACGUGGGCGUCCUGGACCAACAGGUCAAACAGGCACACACCAAUUCACAGUUUACUUUCACCUGCGAGACGGAGGCUAAAGGGGUGACCUUCCCCGAACAGAGUUUGUACUCUCCUGGGUACAACCAGCGUAAUAACCCAACUCCUGCCUCUCAAACAGCAGGCUACCAGAGAGGAGCCGCAAAUGCGGCCACAGUCCCCAGUGCACCUCCCCGGGGUACUCAAUCGGCUCCAGCUGCACCCGCGGUGGCAGGGGCCUCCAACUCGCAGGGGAAGAAGCCACGGAGACGGAAAGGUGACGUGUACGCUCUGGCUGCUCGGCAGAGAAAGCUCCAACAAGAGUACAAUAACUUGCAGCAUCCACCGGCCCCGGAGGACCUAUGGAUCUGUGAGUUCUGCGAGUAUGAGAGCAUAUUCGGCGAGCCACCGCAUGCUCUGAUUCGUCAGUACGAGAUCAAGGACCGCAAAGAACGGCGUCGGCAAGCUGAAAAGAGACGGCUGUUGGAAAAGGCCAAACUCAAGGGACGAAAAGGUCGGAAGCAGAGCAAGCAUGCGGCCAAAGCAGCCAAUCAUGCGACAGGCGCAUCCCAUCAGCAAGCAUACGACGAUCAACCAUUAGACCAACUUGGGGAUGAUGAUUUGGAUUAUGGCUACGACGAUGACCCAGUUCCGAUGCCCGCACCGACGCCUCAAGGGGUGGGUAAGCAACCGGCACCGUCAACACCGAUUACGAAAACAGACAAGGCUGGAGGGGGAACCGGAGGAGGCGGAGGGGCACGUUGA